AUGACAGCCACUAUCACUGAAGCCACUUACACCUCCACUGCAGAGUACCUCAAGCAACGUAUCCCCGAGCACUUCAAGAACGCUCGUCUUGGCAUCAUUUGCGGAUCUGGUCUUGGUGGUCUUGUUGACACUAUCGAGCAAUCGUCCAAGAUUGAAAUUCCUUACAAUGAGAUUCCUGGCUUUGUUACUAGCACUGUGGCUGGUCACUCUGGCAAGAUGGUGUGGGGCUACUUGGGUGAAUCACGUACGCCUACUAUCUUCAUGGUGGGUCGUUGCCACUUUUAUGAAGGCUACAGUGUCCAAGAAUGCACUUUCCCUGUUCGCGUCAUGAAGCUUUUGGGUGUCGAGGUCCUUGUUGUUACCAAUGCAUGUGGUGCCCUGAACCCAUCCUUCAAGGUCGGCGAUGUGAUGAUCAUCAACGAUCACUUGUCAAUGGCAUCUCUUGUUGCUCAAAACCCAUUGAGAGGUCCCAACAUUGAAGCAUUUGGUCCACGUUUCCCUGCCGUAUCGGAUGCAUACACUUAUGCCUUGCGCAAGCUUGCUUUCAAGGCUGCCUUUGAGACUGGUAUCAACAAGGAUGAUAUUCACGAGGGUGUUUACGGCUAUACCUCUGGUCCUCAAUAUGAGACUCGUUGUGAAGCUCGUUUCUUGGCUUCCAUUGGUGCUGAUACCGUUGGUAUGUCCACUGUUCAUGAGGUGUUGGUGGCCCGUCAUGCUGGCAUGAAGGUUUUGGGUAUUUCUCUCAUCACCAACCCCGUCGUCACUGCAAGAGGAAAGGAUGCCAAGAAGGAAGUUAUGAAUGAAAUGGGUCUUGAUUCAGUGGUGGAUGAUGGCAUUGAUACCGAUCUUAUGACUGCCAACCAUGAAGAGGUCUUGGAAACUAGCGCACGAAGAGCUGAAGACAUGCAACGUAUGGUCAAGCGAUUUGCUGAUAUCUGGGCAAAGGAGAACAGCCAGUAA